CGAAGCUGGUGGACGCUGUUUCACCGGCUGCCUCCGCUCUGGUUGCAGUCACUCGGGUGGAUAUCGAUGGCAAUGGCGUGUCGGAUACUGUCCUUGCGUCUUCCGACACAAUUGUGUGGCUCCCUGCCGACGGCGUUCUCGAGAAGGUACUUGUUGUCGCAGAUCUUACGUACACGCCCACGUUUCUCCUCGGCGCUGACUUGGAUGGCGAUAGCGACGCAGACCUAGCUGUUGUAGUCAGAAGCGGUAGCAGGGUGGUGAUUCUCGCCAACGACGACGGCGUUGGCAGAGUCUGGUCCGAGUCGUCAUGGUCAAUCACCUCGGGCUCGUUUUACCAGCCGGAGCUAGCGGCUACGGGUGACAUCGACGGCGACGGCUUGCUGGACCUAGUCAUCUCCGGCAAUAAUGGCGUUGUGUGGUACAACUCGACCGGGCAUGGCGGCGUCGUUACUAAUCCCCCAACUCUGGCGAACACACCGGGCUGGCAGUUGCUGAUUUCGACGGCGAUGGCGACCCCGACGUUGUGGCCACAGGUCGCAUGCUACCGCCCACUCUGUUUAUUAACGACGGUGCCGGUGGCUUUGGAAGCUCGUCGCCUGUGGGCGAGUACGCUGCGGUUGAGAACGCGCGCCUUGCGGUCAUCGACGCAGACCAUGACGAGUUUCCGGACCUGGUUGUGGUCCAGUACGAGGGCGCGCUCGUCGACGUAGUUGUCAACAGCAACGGCAUCUUAGGCAACACCGUCGUCCACUUGUAUGACACCACUGCCCGCAACGAUGGCGACACGGUAGAGGUGGUCGUAACCGAUGUCAACGGCGACUUGUGGGAAGACUUGAUCAUUGAGCAGCAAACUCCGCACAAGCUGCGCUUGGUACUCUCAGGCGCGAUCGCCGCAAGUUACAAUCCUCCCGUCGACGUCAUGGACAUCACGAGUUUGACUCGCGGUCUGUCUCCAGGCCUUUCUAGCACCGGCGAGUGGCACCUAGUCCUCGCCUCGAGCAGUGUCGUCCGCAAGCUUUCAGGGAACAUGCUGCCGGCCCAGCCUGCUACCAGUGGCAAUGUUGUGACUGCAUUGGCCGCGCCCAACAUUGUUGUGGCUUUUGCAGCUGGUGAUGUCAACAACGACGGGGUGGUGGAUGUUGUCAUCCUAGACCACCUCGAAGGCCUUGGCUGGUUUGCCGGUGUAAGCGAUGGCACCGGUGCCUUUGGUCCGUUGCAGAUCAUCCGAGGCGGUGCCGCCACUUCCGGCACUCGAAUUGUUGCGCUCGGAGACUUUGAUGCGGAUGGCGACUUGGACUUGUAUGUGUCCGGCGGGCCGAGACCUGGUCUCUUUCUCAACACUGAUGGACGCGGUACUUUCAGCGCUAGCUCGGAGCUUACUUUGACUAGCUUGCGCGACGCCCAGAUUGCCGAUGUCAACAACGAUGGGUUCGCAGACCUGGCCACCAUCCGCACGACGUCACCCGAUGUUACCGCGUAUGUCAACAAUGGCGAUGGUACGUUCGGCGGUCACACCCUGUUGGCUACGCUCUCGAGCAAGCCGCAGGCGCGGAACAACAUGCUGUUUGGUGAUGUUGAUGGCGAUGGCGAUUUGGACUUGGUCGUUCAAGUCGAGGAUGCGCUGGAGUGGUUCGAAAACACCGGCAGCCUCCCGCUGGCCGGACGCGGUGUUGUUGCGGCGGACAUGGGCCCCGACUUUGACAGCCGUGAGUUUACGCUCGCGGACAUCAACGGUGACGGCAGACUCGACAUUGUCUGCUUCAACUACACGACUCUGGCGGUGUUCUUUUUCGAGAACUCGCUUUUGCAUCUCGCGGCCAAGCCAUCUCGUCAACGAUAUCCUCCUUCUCAUCGUCAGCUGAUGUGGCCGCCGAUGACAUCGACGGCGAUGGCGAUGGCGACAUUGUCAUUUCGGAAGCAACCCGGAUAGAGAUGCUUCGCAACGACGGCGACUCUGGCUUUGCCUCGCUGCCGUUUACGGCCGCGCAGGAGUUACAGGGAUUCAAGAGAAUCAUGCUCUUAGACAUUGAUGGUGACGGUGACAAGGACGUUCUGGCAUCGCGCAACAAUGGGCCUGUGUCGCUGUCGUGGUUUGCCGUGGCCAGCCAGACCGCGUUCACGCCUUCACCACCUGUGGUGUGGUCUGAUGCGGUUGGGGCGUGCCGUGGCAGCCUGUCAUCAUUUGCCUGUGUGUGGGAGAACGUGCGGGCGAUAGCAUCGCGGUGCAAGGCGGGUGUGGCACGGCCGCCAAUACCACGGACCUUUGGCUGCAUGGUCGACGCGCACGCGGUGGUUACUUCCAAGAUCGACCUUGUCGACGUCUCCUUCAACUGCAGCGUGCCGCGUGGCGUCGCUGCAGAAACCGUCGGGGGGUCCUCUUUGAUGUGCGGGGAGAUGGCGAGCUGGCUCUCAUCAACGGCUCUGUGUCAGACAUGGGCGUGGCCCGAGUCUCUGCCUCGGGCUCACCAGGUCUGCGAGUAGUCGGCGGCAAAGCAUUGCUUUCCCGGUUUGAUGUCUUGGGCGCGGCGUCGACGCCCGAGGUCAACGCUCUUCGCACCGACGUUGGCGUCGGAGGUGCGGCAUUUGUGGGGUCAGGCGGAAGACUGAUGGUUACGCAUUCGACGUUGAGCCAAUGUACGGCGUCGCAGGCCGGUGGUGCUAUUGCAGUGCUUGGCAGUGGGUCAGCGUGCGAGCUGCGCUCAGCGACGAUCACAGGCUCAUCGGCACCGCAGGGUGGUGCCGUCUCAGUUGCCUCGAACGGCGCGCUCAUCGCGAGUGGGGGUGAGAUCAGCCACAACUUGGCGACGCUUGGAGGCGGCCUGUUCAUGCGGCCAGAGGCCAGCGUGGUCAUGAGCGAUGUGGCGGUUCUGGGCAAUGUGGCGGCUGGCGGCGGCGGCGGGCUCGCGCUCCUACCGUUCACCAUCGACGGACUUGCGGCAAGCGUUGACGCCGGCUUGCUGCCGAUGGCGCCGGCCGGAUCGUCGACGACUGCGGUGCUGACGCUGGAGCGGGUGGUGAUGCGGAGCAAUACAGCAGUCGGCGUCGGCGGCGGCAUGUUUGUGUGCGGCGCAGGGGUCUCGCUCGUCAACUCGGUCGCGUUUGACGGUAACCUCGCGGCGAGCGGGGGGCCGACGGCGAGACAUCAGCGGAUGCUUUCCUGUGUGCGCUUGCUGAAGCGCCUCCAUCGCCGCCGGGCACCCUCCUCUGGCUCAACGCCACACAGCCUUGGGCCGUUCAUACCGCCAUGCGAGUCCAUGGCCCGGUCGCGGCUCUAGAGUGGCGAAAGCAGCCGGACGGAAGCAUGCAGGCUGGUUCGGCAAUGGAUGGUACGUUUGGAGCUCGCGACGUGUUUGGCCACGCUGUAGCGUACAGCGCCCAAGUCACCGUCCGCUACACGGGGCCGUCAGUGGUGAGCAACCCGGCGCCCAAUGCGCGGAUCGAGACGUUCAAUGUGAGUGUACCCGACACCCUCAUCAACGUGGCAGCGAACAGCGUGGCUAGUCCUCCGGCAAUCGUGACGCUAACGCUCGAGUUUAUCCAGUCCGAGUCUGCACUUGGCGUCCUGCCGCUAACCACAAGUGCAGCUGUGAUGCCGUGCGGAGGAGGGUUUGGCUCGUCGAUGGUGUCAGCGACCGAGAUGACGUGUGUGGCGUGUCUGGAGGGCACGUACUCGGAGGUUACGGCGUAUGAGGCGUGCAUCCCGGUAGAGCCGUGCCUGGAAGGGUCGUUCGAUGCGGCGGGUAGCACGGGCAACAAGCCGCAGUGUAUUUGUAAGGCUGGCUUUUUCUUUGUCAAGCGGCCGGCACCGGGAUCAAAUCUUGUCGAGUGCGCAGAGUGCCCGCCUGGCGGGGUGUGCACCGAGGGCCUCAAUCCGCCGUAUCCUGCUGUCGGGUGGUAUGCAGCGAGCAACGGUACGUUUGUGCGAUGCAAGCGGCCCGAGGCGUGCCCGGGCGGAGUGGAUGUUGCAUGCGCACCGGGUUAUACCGGGUACAUGUGCAACGCUUGCAAGAAAAAGUACUACUCGGACUCUGCAUCAAAGUGCGUGAGGUGCCCUCCGGGAUCACCGGGCAUCCUCGUCGGCGGGCUGCUCUUUGUCCUCGCAGUGGCCGUUGGCGCGGCCGUGGUCAUCGGGCUGGGGCUGAUGAAGGCCGGAUCUGGGGGUGGCGGCGAUGACGAGGGAGGCGAGACCCGAGAGAGCGGAAGUGCCAAGACGAUUGGCCAACUGCGCGAGCGUAAGAUGCCUGCGUCGGUUUCGAUGGCUGUGGUAGCGUUCCAAGUCCUCGGCGUCCUUGCGGACGCCAAGUUCUCGUGGGGAUCGCGUUCCAAGUCGAUGCUGAGGGCGUUCAACGCGUUCAACGUCGACGUCAACUUAUUUGCAUCCGAGUGCUCGCUCGACAGCUUCCAUGUCAAGUACGCAGUGUCUGUGCUCCUCCCUCUGGUCCUGCUCGCGACCGCCAUGGCGGGUCUCGUGGUGGCGCGGGUGAGUUUUCUCGCCGGUGCGCUGGGAGGCGUCUCGCUGGCGACGCUACUCGACGCGGUGCUGUUCAGCCUUGGACCGCUACUGUACAUCCCGAUGUCGCGGGCCACGUUUGUCAUCUUUGACUGCACGCGGCUGCCGAAUGGCGACGUGGUGCUGGACGUGGAUCCGGGUGUGGCGUGUUUUGAUUCGGCGUGGUGGAGCGUGAUGUGGGUUGGACUGCUUGGACUGGGAUGCUACGUUGUCGGGCUGCCAGCGUACUGCCUGGCGGCGCUGUGGCGUAACAGGUCGACGCUGACGGACCCGGUCACGUUUGGACGUUACGGGGGCCUGUACCGGCUCUUCCGUGCGCCGUACUGGUUUGGCGGAGUGGCCGAUCUGUGCAAGCGACUGGCAGUAGUGGUGGCGGCGGUCUUUGUCUCUGACUCUCAGGUCCUGCAGGUUGCGCUCCUCUUUGCAGUCUUGUUGAUGUGGCUGGUGGGGGUGGCGCGGUGGCGGCCGUACUACUUUCCGCUCUACAACACCAUCGACAUGCAGCUGACGCUGGCGCUGCUCUUUGUGCUCCUCCUUGGUCUCGCGUCGUACGCCGAGCGCAACUCGUCGUCGUCGUCGUCGAACGCGCUGUUUGGCACGGUUGUGCUCGCCGUGGUGGCGCUUGUUGCGCUUGCGGCGUGGGGAAUUGUGCGCGAUGCGCUCGAGAUAUUCAACGCGCGUCGCGGCCGGUACGGGACGGUGCACGCACGGGCAAGAAAACUCGCGCACGCGCUCGAGCUCGAGCUCGAUGACCUGGACAUCGGCCCAGUUGAGCGGCAAGCGGUGGUGGUGGCCAUGGCCUCGCUCCGCGGCGGAGCAGUUGUCGAAGUUGACUUUGAGGGUGCCGUGGCGGACGACGACGAUGGCAUUGUCAUGGACAGCAUGGCGACGCCGUUGAGCGAGUUGGAUGAGCUGGCAUCACAGUCCGUAGCAUCGUUGCCGUAAACCGUCUCGUGAUGGA